ACAGUUGCCGUCAUCUGAUUCAGUUUGGUGUUGUUGCUGUCGAGUUGAAGGCAGUUACCACUUACCAGGCAUGGCUGUCACCGGUGCAAAAGUUUUUUCACUCCUAAAAACAAAUUAUAAACCUCUAACAGCUGCAACUUCAAGAUAUGCGUCACUUUGGAGCAAUGUUGAGAUGGGUCCUCCAGAUGCCAUUCUGGGAGUCACUGAAGCAUUCAAGAAAGAUACUAAUCCAAAUAAAAUAAAUCUUGGUGUUGGUGCUUACCGGGAUGACAAUAACAAACCUUUUGUGCUUCCUUCUGUCAGGAAGGCAGAGGCUAUCAUGACGUCAAAGGCCCUAGACAAGGAAUAUGCACCCAUCUCUGGCAGUGCUGAGUUCUGCCACGCAGCCAUCAGCCUGGCAUUUGGUGAGGGCAGCUCUGUGCUGCAAGAGGGACGCAACGCAACUGUUCAAGGCAUCUCUGGCACUGGUUCACUUAGGAUUGGCUCUGCUUUCUUAGCAAAAUUUUUCCCCAUUAAAACGGUAUGGUUCCCAAGCCCUACAUGGGGCAACCACGUGCCCAUCUUCAAACACGUGGGCAUGGAGGUGAAGCAGUACAGGUACUACGACCCUAAGACUUGUGGCUUUGACUUCAAUGGAGCCAUGGAAGACUUUAAGAACAUGCCAGAUGGGAGCCUGGUGCUGCUGCACGCGUGUGCCCACAACCCAACUGGUGUUGACCCCAACCCUGAGCAGUGGCAGGCCAUGAGCGACCUCCUCAAGAGCAAGAAGGCGUUGCCAUUCUUUGACAUGGCUUAUCAGGGUUUUGCCUCUGGGAGUGUGGACAAGGAUGCUUUUGCUGUGCGCAAGUUCCUUGAUGAUGGCCAUAACAUCCUCCUAGCUCAGUCUUUUGCCAAGAACAUGGGCCUCUAUGGCGAGCGCGCCGGGGCGUUCACGGUGGUGUGCUCCGACAAGGACGGGGCGGCGCGCGUCAUGUCGCAAAUUAAGAUCCUCAUCCGCCCCCUGUACUCCAACCCGCCCAUCAACGGCGCCAGGAUCGUCAGCACUAUUUUGUCUGACGCAGCACUCAGAUCAGAGUGGCUGACUGAUGUCAAGGGCAUGGCUGACAGGAUUAUUUCAAUGCGUACACAACUACGAGCUAAUCUCGAGAAGGAAGGAUCCACGCGCAACUGGAGCCACAUCACCGACCAGAUCGGCAUGUUCUGCUUCACUGGCAUGACGCCCGCUCAGGUGGAGAAACUGACGAAGGAGUUCUCCGUUUACCUGACGAAGGACGGACGCAUCUCCAUGGCAGGAAUCACUUCAGCGAACGUCGCGUACCUCGCCAAGGGCAUGCACGCUGUCACCAAGUAGAGUGCAGGAAAUGUCUGCCUAUCUUGAGUGGCAGUGAACUGAAAACUAUUCCUACCAGCCACGAAGAUUGAAGAACUAGAGUCCUGCUGCUGCUGGUGCCGCUGCUGCCAAGUCUCUGGUGCUGCCAAGUCUCUGGUGCUGCCAAGUCUCUGGUGCUGCCAAGUCUCUGGUGCUGCCAAGUCUCUGGUGCCACCAAGUCUCUGGUGCUGCCAAGUCUCUGGUGCUGCCAAGUCUCUGGUGCUGCCAAGUCUCUGGUGCUGGCUACUGCAGCAGUGCGCGUCGGGGAGCUCAUAUGUGAUUUAUACUAAAUCGAUCUGGCACUCUCAAAUUACCCUAUUUAAAACUACCAAAGAAAAUUCAAUUGAAACGUACUGUGAUCGGCAUUAUAAAAGAAAAGAAAGAAAAUGAAGGUCCUUAGGCUAGUAAUAAUACAAACCUUUCAGAAGGGUAGAAAUGUAUAAGAAUGAACUUGAAACAUUUGAUAAUAAGUUGUUCCAUUUUUAGCAAUUGUUGCUUUAAUGAUUGGCAUUUGAAAUGUGAGAAUUUAGAAGGUAGGCCAUCGCAUAAUGCGCUCAACACGCCAUACGGCAUUCAAGGUUGUCCACGUGUUAUGGUUUCCUGCAGUUUUUUCUGUGGGCAUAUUUGUACAUAAUAAAAUCGAAUUAACUGAA